UAUAUAGAGAGAGAGAGAGGGAGAGAGAGAGAGAGAGAGAGAGGGGGCCAAGCUGUCCAAGAAUCCGACUGGGAAGAGGCUGUUUGAGGUGAUGGUGGAGAAAAAGAGCAACCUAUGUUUGGCUGCCGAUGUCGGAACUGCGGCUGAGUUGGUCGACAUUGCCAAAAAGGUUGGGCCUGAGAUUUGCCUGUUGAAAACCCAUGUCGAUAUAUUGCCUGAUUUCACCCCAGAUUUUGGUUCUAAGCUGCGAUCGAUUGCAGACGGAUAUAAUUUCUUAAUCUUUGAAGAUCGUAAGUUUGCGGGCAUUGGAAACACAGUAACAAUGCAGUAUGAAGGCAGUAUCUUUCAUAUAUUGGAUUGGGCUGAUAUAAUUAAUGCUCACAUAAUCUCUGGUCCUGAGAUAGUUGACGGACUGAAAUUGAAGGGUUUGCCUCGUGGUAGGGGCCUGUUGCUGCUCGCUGAAAUGAGCUCAGCUGGUAACCUUGCUGAAGGGGACUACACAGCUGCAGCAGUGAAAAUUGCUGAGGAUCAUUCCGACUUCGUCAUUGGUUUCAUUUCAGUAAAUCCAGCUUUUAUCCAUGCAACUCCAGGAGUUCAAAUGGUGAAGGGUGGCGAUGCUCUUGGUCAACAAUAUAACACUCCACAUUCUGUCAUCUAUGAUAGAGGUAGUGAUAUUAUAAUCGUCGGCCGUGGAAUUAUAAAGGCUGCAGACCCUGCAGAGGCAGCUCGAGAAUACCGUGUUCAAGGAUGGGAUGCCUACUUGUCGAAAUGCAGUUAAGUUAAAAGUGGCAAUUGGGGUCUCUUUCUUUCGGUUGAAUUUGUUAAAUGAUAUGACUAAAGAAGAGUCAAAUUUUCAUCCGGAAGGAUUUUUGGUAUUUUUUAUCCAUAAAACGUGAACUUCAGCAUCAAUGGAUUGUGGAAAUCUUCAGCUUGAUAUUAUGAGUGCCACUGCUCUAUAUACAUAGGCGUUUUGUGGUUGGAAACCAGGAAACAUGAAUGCAAUAUUCUUGUUACUUGUUGAAAAAGCCUUUUCCUUGGUUU